UCAUUACUGCACUAACAGCUGUCGGCAUUUAUAACACGUUGCUUUUAGUAAACAACCUAUCUAUCUGCAAUUUAUUAAUAAAAUGGUGCGAAAACUUAAGUAUCAUGAGCAAAAACUGCUCAAGAAAGUUGACUUUAUCACCUGGAAAGUAGAUAACGCCGGCAAAGAAGCCAAUGUAAUACGUCGCUAUCACAUCCGCAAACCAAGUGACUAUACGAAAUACAACAAAUUAUCGCGUGAGGUCCGCACAUUGGGCGAGAAGAUUAAAAGUCUAGAAGAUACAGAUCCAUUCAAAAGUGAAGCGGCGAGCAUGUUGCUGGAGAAACUCUAUUCCAUGGGUUUAAUGAGAAACAAAAUUGAUUUGGAAAUGGCUACCCGACUAACGGCGAGUAGUUUUUGUAGACGUAGACUGCCGGUAGUGAUGGUGAAAUGCCGCCUCUCUCAAAAUCUUAAAAAUGCCACUGAUCUGAUUGAGCAAGGUCAUGUACGUGUGGGCCCCGAUAUGAUUACCGAUCCUGCAUUCUUGGUCACACGCAACUUAGAAGAUUUCGUUACAUGGGUGGAUAGCUCGAAGAUCAAACAACAUGUCUUGCGUUACAAUGAUCAACGUGACGAUUUUGCUUUAGCUUAAGUUAACUUUUAUAUAAUUCUAUGUAUUUAAAUUUCUUUUUAAGAUAAUAUAUUUUUACUGUGCCCAAACAAUA